ACGCGGCAUUGUAAUUGGUCUCCAACAACGUUCCCAGAUCUCCCUUGGGUCGUUAAACCUCCUCACUCGCUAUCCUCAGCAAGAAAGAACGAUGCAGUGGUACUUCGUUGCUUCUCUUCUCACUCUCCUCACCAGUUCCCAGGGAAUUUUGACAACACUCUCACAAAGUAAUGGCAGCUACACAUAUGAUUAUGCUACCGUUCCAUUUCUUGCAGAAAUAUUCAAGCUUCUAGUUUCCACUUUCUUCCUUUGGAAAGAGUGCAAGUCAUCAAGCCCUCCAAAGAUUACCACAGAAUGGAGGACUGUGUGGUUAUAUCCAAUCCCUUCGAUGAUAUAUCUGAUCCACAAUAAUGUUCAGUUUGCUACCUUAACUUAUGUGGAUCCAUCAACAUAUCAGAUAAUGGGCAAUCUCAAAAUCGUAACAACUGGUAUCUUAUUCAGGUUGUUCCUGAGGAGGAAAUUGUCAAACUUACAGUGGAUGGCGAUUGUAUUAUUAGCUGUUGGAACAACUACAAGUCAGGUGAAGGGUUGUGGAGAAGCAUCAUGUGACUCUCUCUUUUCAGCACCUAUACAGGGAUACAUGCUGGGACUCCUGUCUGCUUGUCUUUCAGCACUAGCUGGUGUUUAUACAGAAUACUUAAUGAAGAAGAACAAUGACAGCCUUUACUGGCAAAAUGUACAAUUAUAUACGUUUGGCGCUAUCUUUAAUAUGGCACGACUUCUUUUGGAUGAUUUUAGAGUUGGAUUUGAGAAGGGACCAUGGUGGCAACGCCUUUUAAAUGGGUACUCUACUACCACAUGGAUGGUUGUAUUAAAUUUAGGAUCUACUGGGUUGCUGGUGUCAUGGUUGAUGAAAUAUGCUGACAAUAUUGUGAAGGUAUAUUCAACAUCAAUGGCAAUGCUGCUAACAAUGGUUUUAUCGGUAUUCCUUUUUAAUUUCAAGCCUACUGUGCAGCUCUUCUUGGGCAUAGUUAUCUGCAUGAUUUCAUUACACAUGUACUUUGCUCCAGUGCGCAUGCUUGUGGAUUUGCCAACUACAAAGACACCAACUGAUGCACUAAAUGAAGUUGUUGUCGGACGAGCAGGAGAAUCAUAAUAUUGGAUAUCCUAUUAACAGAGUUCCAACAUCCCUGCCACUCAGCUCCCAUAUGGUUCGACGGAUGGGAAAACCAAAAGUGUGAAGUCUUGGAGCAUCAGGCUAUGCAAAGAUCAAAGAGCAAGUUCAUCUAGGCAAGCAGGCCUCAGCCUACGGCAUCAAGUACACGUCUAUUUGAAAAAUGGCUAGGUCAUGCUGUAAGGCAUACACUCUCUAAAGGCACCAGAGGUAUGAAUUAGGGCUGCGUCAGAACACUGAGCUUCUGUUGCCAAUAGGUGGAAUCAAUUUCCAUCUAUUUCAUUUUUUUUCAAAAUUGAUAUAGGGGUCAUACUUGGUUUUAGACAUUCAAAAUUGUGAGGAUACUUGGAGUUUGAA